AAUUGAUAUAAUCAGCCAAUCGGCGAAACUCCGGUAGAUUCUUAAUUGUUUCCCGAUGAGCUGCCUCUGCUAUUUCAAUCUGCCAGUAAAAUCGACAAUACCUCCCUCCACACAUCUUCACACAAUUGGGGAAAAGGCUACAAUUGUGCUCAAGCUGUGCAGAAACUUCCAUUUUUAGAGGCAGGAGAAAUAAGGCUUAGAAUCAUGUUAAUAGGUCUUUGUGGAGGUAAGUGAAUAUCCCAAGCUAAUUCACGUAUGAAGUAUAAAUCACCAACUUUACAAUAGGAAUAUGUGCUGGCAAGAGCACAAUAGCCCAAUAUCUCGUAGAGCACCAUGGCUUUACUCACCUUUACCUCCGACCAGAGCAGACCAACAAAAGCUCUAAAAGAAUAAGCAACGGCAACAGCAUCACAAACGGAGAAUCAGACAUUGAAGAAAACGGCAUAACCGUAAGCCGAAAACCAGUCCCUCAAUCGCAAUCCCAAUAUGCCUUCACCAGCACCGCCGAUCUCCUAGAGUUCGUAACCAAGCGCUGGCGCGAACGCUGGGUAACAACCAACAUCUACACGGAGACAAUCCUAGACGCGCUCCUCCGACGCCCAUUCUUCAUCCUCGUCAGCGUCGACGCCCCCGUUUCCAUCCGCUGGAAAAGAUUCCAAACACGACCCAACCCACCUUCUCCACCUCUAACCCUCGAAGACUUCCUCUUCCGCUCUGAUCAGCACCUCUAUGAUCCCCAACACGGCCUGCAAUCCCUCAUAUCCCGGGCUACCAUACGCCUACUAAACACUUCAUCCGAUCUCGCGCAUCUCUACGCUACCCUCGGAAAACUCGAUCUCACAAACGAGGAGCGUCUCCGACCAAGCUGGGAUCAAUAUUUUAUGCAACUAGCAUCCCUCGCCGCCCAGCGCAGCAACUGCAUGAAACGGCGCGUGGGAUGCGUUCUCGUCCGCGAAAAAAGAGUCAUCUCAACCGGUUACAACGGCACACCACGAGGCCUACUAAACUGCGGUGAAGGAGGUUGUGCCCGCUGUAACGAAGGACAAAGCUGCGGAGUAGGACUAGGCACAUGUCUCUGUCUGCACGCAGAAGAAAACGCACUAUUAGAAGCCGGUCGAGAACGAGUUCGAGAAAACGCUAUACUGUAUUGCGACACAUGUCCCUGUUUAACAUGCAGUAUCAAGAUUGUACAAGUAGGAAUAUCGGAAGUGGUCUAUAGUCAGGGAUAUAGUAUGGAUGCGGAAACAGCAGCUGUAUUUGGACAGGCGGGUGUUAAGUUAAGACAGUUUAUUCCGGUAUGUUGUGUUGUAACCUUCAUUUUCAAUCUAGAUAUCUCUAUCCUAAAGCAUAAGUUUACUUACUAACUAUCCUCUUUAUUUGCAGCCAGCGAACGGUUUAGUCCAUUUAGAAAAGCAGUCUUUAUAUUAGUAUUUUUUGAGCGAUGAUACCCAGGCCAAAGGUCAAACAUAUACAUAGAUACCUAACAUAAUAGAUAAAAAGCAUAGCAUAUCAUAUCAUAGCAUUGCAUAGUGAAUAAUAGAAAAGCCCAUAUACCGAAUUCCAU